AUACAAGUCCCUUUCAUUGCACGACUCAGCUCAUCCAUCCAUGAUGACCACGGAUAUCAGCAACGACCUUGAAGUCUUUCGCGAGGCAGUCAAGUGCGCUUUUCAAAACCGCGCAGCCUGCCUUCCACCAUACCAGCCAUCGACGGGCUCCCCUUCUUGGCAGAACUUCGUCGCCUCCUUGAACAUGCCUGAAUACUCGGAGCAACCGAUGCUGAUGCUUCAGACAUUUCGUGAUGUCAGAAACUCGGACCAUCUUCGAGCGCAGCUCAGCCGUAUCUUCUGUCAGGGGCAGCACAAGUUGCUGCAGAAUGUGUCCGGUAGUGGCAAGACGAGUCUCGUCAUUGAGGGCUUGAGGCACCAUUGGGGAUUCUACUUCGUAGGCGCCGUCGACAGCUGGGGCAUCGGCUCCAACGAUAUCUCGAACACGGUCGACAUGCUAUCUGGGUCUAGCGCGGACCGUCAACAGUGCGAAGAAACGCGACUGGACCUCCUGAAGAUACCGCUCUUGAUACGUCUCAUGGCUUUCGAGAUGUUUGCCGAGACGGUCGACGUCUCCAGGGCCACGCAGGAAGACCGCGAACUCUGGCUCCUGGUGCAGGCUUGCAGUCGAAAUUACUUUUGGCCGGCUGACGAGUACGCGAUGCUGUCAUCCGCGAUGUGUAACUGCGGGAAAUACCAUGUCCAAACGGAAAUCGACAACACCCUCGCUCGCAUCCGAAAAUUGACGAAGGACCCCGACUUGCAUUUCUAUGCGGUCUUCGACGAGGCGCAGGCCCUCGCUCGAAGCGUCCCGCCUUUUGCUAGAGGAGAGCCCAGGACGUCUUUCCAUCGAGAGUUCACGCGUUCUUGGGAGAACUAUCCUUGGCUCACUCUUGUGAUGUCCGGCACCGCAUUUCUCUACGAUCAAUACCCCCUCGGCGAUGCAUGCUCUAGUCCUACCUACCACCUAACCUCUGCCACUGGAUCUUCCCAUCGGUCGCGUGUGGUCGAAUAUGUGAAGAGAUACUUACCUCCCGCACUCGCCACGACGGCUCCAGGGCAGAACUUGAUACAUCGGGCGAGCGCCUGGCUCCAUGGCAGGCAUCGCUUCUCCGCCGCAUAUAUCGCCUUCUUCCUCAAACAUGGACCCGAUGCCCCGCAUACGCUUCUCGAUGACUUCAUCAAGCAAAUGACUGGCUUCAAGCCCGUGGAUGCCGAGCAACUCGUUCGCGAUGAGACGACUCCCUUGAAUUACGCAGAAGACUGCUACUUACCUCUGGCGAUUGUCGACAAGCACACACCACCCGUCGUUCGAAGCACAAUGCACCAUGUCCUGUAUCAGUUUCUAGUAACUGGAGAUUGCAAGAAGACCUUCGGCAGAGAUCGCAUCGUCUUGAUCGAGCGGUCGGCCGGCCGCUUUUGCGACGACAACGCCUCACGAAUCAUUGUCGACGAGCCUCUUUGUCUCCUUUCGGCUGCUCAAUGGUUCUGCGAGUCAGGCCAUGCUCAAAGCGCUGACUCGUUCUUCGCCAAGGGGCUCAUCUACAACACCGACGAUCCUGAUAUGUCAAGCGUGCGGGAGCACAUCGUGCUACUGCUGGCGCAUGCGUUCAGCAAAGCGCGUCUCCUCGCCGACAUCUUCUCUGCUUCGGGACCGUCACAUCUGCGGCAGCGCCUGAAAGCUGAGCUCGUCGAAUUCCAUCGCUCGGUCGAAGGUGGUAGAACCGUAUUCUACCCCUUCAGCUAUGCACGACUGUCCACGUCUCGCCCUGUGGUCCUCGCCACCAACUGCGCCAGCCACUCUGACGUCCUCGCGUGGCUGCGGCACGAGCACACUUCACCAUUUUGCCUUCUGCCGGACCAGCGGAGUCUCCUCUUCGCGCUCAGAUUCUCGAACGGGACGUUCUGCUGGGUGGUAGCCCAGGCGUCGUCGGCGCCCUCGGAUGACCUCAUGCAAUGCUUCCAUCCUCCGGCGUCGACACAGGAAGACAACUCGCGGAUCAUGUCGCUACUAUCACAAAUACCCGCCCCCUGCGACUUUCUAGGCUCGCCGCCGAUCCUCCGCGUGACGGUCCCAUCGCCCUCUGGCAGUCUGGCCUCCGACGAGCCCACCCUGAACAUGACGUACCUAGAGUCAAUUGCGUCGGAAAUUCAACAGAGAGACGUGCUCCUCCGCAUCGUCUCCAAUGUCAUACGGGUCACUGAACCAUACAUGCCGGACGCGAGUGAGCUCCUGGACCCCAAUCCCCCUCCGAGCCCUGCGACGAAGUCCCGACGGAAGUCUACAGCACGGUCCGCGAGGACCACAUUGGACAAGGUCCUGAAACCGCCCGAGCCAAUUACACGAUACGAUCUGCAUCCGCGACGCAAAGUGACUCCUGCCUCAACAAAUCCAGCGGUCCCCAUUACGCAUAGUUCAGUAACGAAGAAUCUUUGACGCGGGUCGAAACGAACGUCAACCGACAACCAAGUACUACCGAAACGGACGAAGCGCAAAUGGACCAUCGCCUAGGAGUUCGCCGACUCCCGAAGUGGGACAAAGGCAGAUGCCCCAAAGUCGGUGUAUCUACGCUAACAUACGGUUCUUCGAAGUAAACUCUGCUAUUGGAAUGUACUGUUACAACGAUGCUUCAUACAUGGGGUAAUGGGAUGCAAAGCAAUAUGCCGUGCGGCGACUAAGC